UGUUCUUAUGUCAGUCACCCUUAUUUGUUUUUGACUUGUCCAAAAAUUUCUCGAACAAGUAGUGCGCAAUCGGUUCUCCAAAUUGAUUUUCCAUAAAAUUGUCGAAAAAUGUCGGAAGAAACAGCUAAAAUUCCCAAACCGAAAAUGCGGGGCUUGCUUCAGGCCCAGAUCAAACGCAAUUUGAUUCUGACUGGAAUUUCCUGCACCAUCGCUGGACUUUACAUGAAGUUUAUUUUUGGAAAUGGACGUAAGAAGGCCUAUGCUGACUUUUACAAGAACUACGACAUCAACAAGGAGUUUCACCGGAUUCGCAGGAAGGGACUUUUCGAUUCGUGUGACCCCUACGACGAGGCAGACGACGAGGAUGACAAUAAUAAUUGAGGGAUUUUCGUUGUUUUGUUGUUAAUGGAAUUAAGAUGAAAUAAAGAUGAUAAAAUUUCAAACUCUGUAAGUUCUCGCAUGUCAAGUUUGGCAAAAAAAAAAUAAAAUUGUUCAAGUAAAUUCUUAAAUCAACAGCCUCUAUGGCACUUAGAAGCUAUUAACGAAUGGAAAAUAUAAUAUAAUCCCGCGUUAAUAAAGUGAAAUCGCUUCAGUUUUGACAAGAAAAUUGUUCAAGUCGUUAGUUUUUUUAAGGUGAGGUCAUUGUAUGAUAUUUAACGAAAUCUUGGUUGUUAUCUAACUUAUUUAUCAAUGGUUCAC